UCAGUGUAUCGUUUGCCUUGUGCAGCGUGGUUAGAUACACCACACACCACACCAACGGAGAGCGAGACUCAAAUGGCCCACGUCCUCGACAUUACUUGCGAAUGCGUUGUGUGGUGCAAAGGGAUUCCUUCCCAAACAGACUUGUUCAUGAAAAGAGGACUAUCCAGAGAUUAAAGCGGACACACCAGACUUGAGCAUCAUCCCAGCAGAGUGUUGUGACAGUGGUGGAUGUAAUUGGUGGAUAGAACAGCGGUGAGAAUGUGUUGGGGGAUGUGCAGACCUUGACAACCGCAAUCCCAUCCCCAUCUAUGUUUCUCCGGGAUCAGUUCGCCGCAUAACGCUCUUUCACCUUGGAAGGAGGAUGACUCCAGUCCUGUCGGGGUCUCGAGCAGCCUGCAGUGAGGUGGAGGUUUGAGCGGAGAGCCGUCUCACCUGAGCGCAGUCGCCCCCGGCGAUGGAGGCCCAACCUGAACCAGGACCAGGACCGGGCCCAGGGGAGGACAGGGACAGCGUGGCCCAGCGCAGAGCCUCGCCAGCGGGCACAGAAGAGGCCGGCCAGGGCUGCUGCAGGCAGAACGGCCUCAUCAACACGCACAGCCUGCGGCUGGACACCAGGGAGGGGCUGGUCUCUGUGUACUCCGCACCGCAGUACCAGGGCCACGUGGUGGUCAACCUGCCCGGGCAGCAGGUGUCGUGUGACGGGGCGGUGCGCUGCGUGGGGCUGGCCGGGGGGGGUGCGGGAGGUCCGCCUCAGCUGCUGAACGCCAGCGCGCUGGCCCAGGGAGUGGACGCGCGGUUUCGGCCCAACCUCAUCGUGUGCUCGGAGAGCGUCCUGCGCGCCUGGGGCGAGGGCGGGCUGGCCGGGGACUGCUGUGAGACCACCUUCAUCGAGGACCUGUCGCCCACCGCCGCCGCCACCGCGGUGACCAGGGACGGCCUGGUGUUUGCCGACGGGAAGUUCCUGGACCUCUCCAUGGAGGAUGCCAAGGUCCAGACGCUGUCCUACGACAUGGACGAUGACGAUGACUUUCAGGAGCUGGAGAGCGACUACUCCAGUGACUCUGAGAGUGAGGACAACUUCCUGAUGAUGCCUCCCAGAGAUCACCUGGGCCUGAGCGUCUUCUCCAUGCUCUGCUGCUGCUGGCCUCUCGGCAUCGCAGCCUUCUACCUGUCCCACCAGACCACUAAGGCGGUGACGAAGGGUGAUUUCCACCAGGCCUCGUCCAGUUCGCGGCGUGCCCUCUUCCUGGCUGUGCUGUCAAUCACCAUCGGCACCGGCAUCUAUGUGGGAGUGGCGGUGGCUCUCAUUGCGUACCUCUCCAAAAACAACCACUUGUAGCCUUGCUCUG